AUGUCAUCGACCCUCAUCACUCGACCUUUGCUUUCCCAGAGGGCUGCUCGCUUGAUCGCCAGUCCCAACGCUGCUCGAUCGUUUAGUGCUACUCCGACCGCCAAUGAAACUCUCAAGGAGAUCGAAACUCGACUCAAGUCAGUUCGAAACAUUGGCAAGAUCACCAAAUCGAUGAAGAUGAUCGCGACCACUAAACUAAACAAGGCCCAACGAGCCAUGAACGAUGCCAAGGCGUAUGGAGAAGCCAACGCUGUAGUCUUUAAGGAGUCGUCACUCUCCGAGGAACUGGCAUCAGGAGCAGACUCCAAAAAGACCCUGUUUGUCGUCAUCAGCAGUGACAAGGGUUUAUGUGGUGGAAUUCAUUCCAGCGUCUCUAAACGUACCCGAGCUGAGCUCGGUGAGAAUAGCGAGACGCAGAUCGUCGUGGUUGGGGAUAAACCAAAAACUCAGCUCAGUCGAAUUGUGCCGAAGAACAUCGUGCUCUCAUUCAAUCAGAUCGGCAAACAAGUUCCAAACUUUGCCGAUGCUUGCGUUAUUGCCGAUUUGAUUGAGGAGAAAAAGCUUGACUUUGACAAAGUCAAGUUGAUCCACAACAAAUGGAUCAGUGCGUUGAGCUAUGAAUCUACGGUAGUCGAGGUUUACAACGCGGAUACCCUCAAAUUGGCUCCCAAGUUUGCCGCUUACGAAGUGGAGGAUGACCAAUUGAUCAAAGAUUUGUCCUCGUUUGCCAUGACCAAUGCUAUCUACACUGCCCUUGUCGAGGGCUAUGCUACCGAGAUCUCGGCUCGUCGAAAUGCAAUGGACAAUGCGACCACGAACUCGCAAACGGUCAUCGGCGGAUUACAAAUGAAGUUCAACCGAAUGAGACAAUCGCAAAUCACUAACGAUCUUGUCGAUAUUAUCACUGGAGCCAACGCAUUGUAA